UACCAGGCAGGUCGGGACGCCGAGGACGUGAGCCGACACCUCAUUGGUUGAAAAAAUCACAUGGGCGUGGCUUUCUCGCUUGGGUAUUUAAGGCUUUGUUCCAUUGUUGCGCUGUGUUAUCCAGCUAGUCUGGGCUCAUGAGGAGAGUGCCCCACUGGUCACCAUUGCACUUUUUCGGACCUUUGUUGUGUGUUUUUUAGUUGUUGUUUUUUUGAAGGAAAUGGCAUUUUCUUGUAAUCAGUCCCUGAGUGGCAGCUUUCCUCCCUCUCCAGCGGAGGACAGGGGCUCACAAAGGCUGUCUUGGGGCAGUUUGAUGCAGAGGCUGACUGAGCUGAAGGGGAUCAAUCAGGGGGUCACAACACAUCAGUACUGCAGGAGUGAAACUGGAUCUGUGGCAGAUUUGUCCAUCUCAGACUUAGACAGCAGUUUCUUCUGUUGUCCCCCGGAGGAGACGCUGGCUGCGGACGUUGUGGCCACCAUUGCACAAAGUCUCAACAAAGCAUCCCACACUCUAGGCUGUUCCAAACUCAUCCCACCCGACUCCUUGCUGCACAGUGUCACCCAGGAGCUGCUCCAUUUGUCUGCCAGCGAGCCUUGUGGCCUCAAGGGAGCGGUCAUCGACCUGUGCGUGGACAGGGGCGACCAGGGCGCCUUGUGCACCGUGGACCAAAUAGCCGUGGACCCGUCCCUGGUCCCGACCUUCCACGUGACUCUGGUGCUGCGGCUGGAGUCCAGUGGGCUGUGGCCAAAAGUUCAGAAACUCUUCAAGCGCAGCAAGCCCUCACAGGCCUGUACGGCAAAUCUGAGGCUGAGCGUGGGCUUCAGGGCUAUCAAGAGGAAGCUGUACUGUUCAGGGGAGCUGCUGAUCGAGGAGUGCUGCUGACUAAGAGCUGCUGUCCUUGAUAAACACUGAAUCCAUGAGAAAUAAGGCACAAUGACUAGACGGUUUUGAAACAACAAUCUCUGGUUAUACUUGCGAGGGUAUUACUUGAACCAACUUAUGCUUCACGGCAGCUACUCAUCUGGUUUACGGGUGAUUCAAUAGAGAGGACAUGUCCGAACACGUGUCAAGUUACUUUUCUGUGAAUGUGGAGUCGCACCUCAAGGGGAACGGCUCGUGUAUUUGAUAAUCAAAUAUUACCACCUGAAGUUCGUGUGUUUUGUAUUUUUUAACACAAAAGAAUAAAUUAUUUUCUAUUAAUUUGCUGUGAGUUUUCUUCUUCUUCUUUCUCGCCGUGUCUCAUACACCACAGUAUACUGUUUAAGCAGCAAGUAAAGGGAUAUCCACAACAUACUUUAUGAUUUCAGACAAACACAAAGUGACAGAAUACAUCAAACUUCACACGUGGACAAUCAAUCACAGUUAAUUUUCAUACAGGUCUGAAUGUUCGCGAUUAGAAUUAGUCUUGCAGGUCUUUCUGGAGCUGCCUCGCACAUCAGCCACAAUUUACUCAACAAUUAUUCAGUUCACCCUUCUUUAGCACGAUGCACCGAGGCAGGAGAGUCUUUCACGCUGUCCGCCGUGAGCAUAUUUCAUUUCGUUAUUGCUCCAGUGUAAACACUCAAAACCAGUUUAGAGACAGUGUUAAGGAAGAAUAUGCAAUAUAUACAAUAAAUCAAAGUGUGAUAAAGGCACAUGAGUGAGCAUCUGUGGGCCAGUAUGUUAUAAAAGACAAAAUAUGCACCAGUCAAUCAUUGGACAAAUUUAAUUCAAAGAAACUUCUAUACAAUUUUAGCUUGUUAAUUUAAUAAAUAUGGUUUCCUUUUAUUUGUGCAAUAAUUUUCAAUAGUUAUGAUCCAACAGGCUACGAGCAACGCCACAUAACAUUGUAAAUGACUUCAACAAACCCUGCACUGUUAAAAGUAAAAUGAGUAUUUACAUUGGUAAGAACUAUAAAAAAUUACACACUUUCCUUGUGAGUGGCUCAGACGUCUGUCUAUGAGAAGGCCAUGAGGUUUCUCAAAAUGUUUAAGGAAA